AAUAACGUUUAUUGCAUUGGGAGCACCAAACAACUCUCCCUUUGUUGGCAUUGAUGGCCACUUAUUGAAUCGGUGAUCAACAACAGAUAUCAAGGAAAGCUGAUGAACCAAAGCUCAGCAUGUUAUAAUCUGAUACCAAAUUUCAUUGUUUUAAACACGGCCAAUAUUUUGAAGAAUUAAUUACAAUGAUAAUGAUGUUGUGGUUCAUGUGAAGGAACAGUCACAGGACAAGUUGACAUUAGCUCUACCAGCGCUUCCAUGACCAACAAGACGAUGAUAAUAACCAUGGUGAACGCAGCAUGGAUGGAAUCUGGCGGUAUUUUCGACUUGUUUAUGAAGAGCUUUGAAAUCGGGAAAGGAACACGACCACUUCUAAACAAUCUGCUGCUGGUUGCCCACGAUUUAAAGGCCUUCAUUGCCUGCACACAAAUCCAUCCUCACUGCUAUUGAUUAAAGACUCCAUGAGUUGAUUUCUCAGGCCAGAGUUUUUUCAUGUCGUAGGAUUACUUGAAGAUGAGGCUCUCUAAAAUCCUCUUCCUCACUAAUGUGCUACACAGAGACUACAAUUUUCUUUUCUCCGAUUCAGAUAUACUGUGGUUUAGAAAUCCAUUUCAAAUGUUAUCAACUGAUACAGAUUAUGAAAUAUCAUACGAUAGCUAUUCUGGCAACCAACGUGAUGUGAGAAAUAGUGUAAAUACAGAAUUCAUGUUAGUCCGUUCAAACAAUAGGACCAUUCAGAUGAUGGAGAGGCAAAAUUCUACAAUUACGAGACCCCACAGACAUGAUCAGGAUGUGUGGAAUGAAAUAAAGUUGUCUGAAAAUAUUACUAAACUAGGUUUGAGUGCACGCUUCCUUGAUACCAAGUAUUUCAGUGGAUUUUGCCAAUCUGGUAGAGAUUUGAGUGUGGCAUGCACCAUGCAUGCAAACUGUUGCAGAGGAUUGAAGGCGAAAAUUCAAGAUUUGAGAGAAGCUCUUCAAGAUUGGACCUCCUUUCACUUGGCUAAGAAAAUGACUCUACGUACAAAAGAUUGGACCUCCUUUCACUUGGCUAAGAAAUGACACUACGUACAAAAGAUUAACCUUAGUUUUUAGGGAGGGAUUCUUAUGUUUUUGAAUGUUUUUUUGAACAUUUUAUUUUUCUUUGUAAAUUGAUUA